GUUGUUUAUUUGACAUCUGUUUUGACUGGUGACGACUCAGAUCUGUGUGUUGGUUCUAUUGAUGUUAUUGAAUUCGUCUGCGUUGUAUCAACGCUUGGUGUCGGUGUAGUUCAACUAUUCUACGUUUGGGGAUGUUUGACGUCAUGAGUUUUUUUUUCUCUCUAUCGCACUAGCAUUUGAACAGCGGCUGUGAAGCUAACAUCACCUAAAUGCAGUUCAUGCGUUGUCAAAUUGAAAUCUUUUUAACGGAAACUUCACCUUGCGCUUCUCAGGACUAUGGUAAUUUAGGUCUGUGAAACACGAUAUAUUUUACUGGAGCAUUUUCUUUUUUCCUUAACCAUGGAACAAAGAGGAGAAGGCAAAACCUCGAGGGUGCGACCCUGUUGUUUCGCCACUGUGUUGAUUUUCAACAUUUUGUGGAGCGGAGCUUUGGCGCAAAUCAGAUAUUCUAUAUCCGAGGAGGUAGAAGAAGGUACUGUGGUGGGGAAUAUUGCCAAGGACCUGGGGCUGGAUAAGAGUGCGCUGAAGGACAGGGGAUAUCGCAUUGUUACGGACACGGCUGAACCUUUGUUUGUGGUGAACCAAAACGAUGGUAUCCUGCGGGUGAGAAGAAGAAUAGACCGGGAGGGUGAAUGCGAACGAACCAGCCCGUGUUUGAUCCAGCUGAAAACGGUGCUGGAAAACCCACUGGAAAUCCAUUAUGUGACAGUGGAAAUACUCGACGUCAAUGACCACUCGCCUGUUUUUCCCGAAAAAGAAAAACGGCUUGAGAUUUACGAGUCGGCACUGCCAGGAGCGAGGUUUCAACUACAGGCAGCUCGAGACCCCGAUGUAGGCCAGCUCUCCAUACAGCAAUACAAACUCAGUCAUAACGAAUAUUUUAGGCUAGAAAUCAGGGAUCGAGGGGGUGACAAUAAAGUACCUUUUCUAGUUCUGCAGAAACAGUUAGACAGAGAAACCACUGAAAGACACAAUCUUCGUGUCACAGCUAUUGACGGAGGAAAACCGGCAAAAUCUGGUGUUAUUGAUAUAAAUGUGGACGUUCUGGAUGUUAACGACAACUCCCCAGUAUUUACGAAAGAUGAUUAUUCUGUUACACUGAGAGAAAACGUCCCCGCUGGCACAGUGGUGAUUGAAGUAAAUGCAUCUGAUUCGGACCAGGGUUCAAACGGGGAGAUUAUAUAUUCAUUUGGUGACGAAGUUGAUUCAAAAUUAAUGGAACUCUUUAAUAUCGAUCCAAACACAGGUGAGAUUACUGUAACAGGUUUAAUUGAUUUUGAAAAAAGCAAAAAUUAUGAAAUUGACAUAAAAGCAUCGGAUAAGGGGAAUGCCCCACUGACAACGGCUAAAAGUGUAUUGAUAAAUGUUGUUGAUGUUAAUGAUAAUGCUCCCAAGAUUGAUGUGACGUCGUUUUCCAGCUCAAUCAAAGAAGACUCAAAAAUAGGAACUACAGUAGCUCUUAUUAGUGUCAGCGACCUCGACUCAGGGAUAAAUGGUAAAAUAAUUUGUACAAUCCAAGAAGACGUGCCGUUCUCUUUAUCACCAUCGCUACAGGAAAAUAUGUUUGCUGUUGUGACUAAAGCACAUCUGGACAGAGAAGCUAUUUCACAAUAUGACGUUACAAUUACUGCUAAAGACGCAGGCAGUCCUCCAUUCCUAACCAAAAAGACAAUAGGCAUCGUUAUAUCAGAUGUUAAUGACAACAGCCCAGGGUUUUCAUCAAGCCCUUAUACAUUUUAUAUAUGUGAAAAUAACAGCCAAGGGGCUUCAGUGUUUUCAGUACAGGCAUCUGAUCGUGAUGAAGGAGACAAUGCUGUCGUUUCAUAUCAUAUUAUGAGAGGUGUGGCUGGAGAUGAGGUGUCUUCGUUUUUAAAUAUUAACUCAGAAAAUGGAGACAUUGUAGCACUGAAAAGUUUUGACUAUGAGAUCCUGAAAACUUUCCAGUUCCACGUGGUGGCGUCAGAUUCAGGAAGUCCGUCACUGAGCAGCAACGUCACAGUGAACGUGUUCAUUCUGGAUCAGAACGACAAUCCUCCAGUCAUUCUGUAUCCACUCAGCUCUAAUGGUUCUGCUGAAGGUGUGGAGGAGAUUCCCCGCAAUGUGGACGCAGGACACUUGGUGACUAAAGUCAGAGCCUAUGAUCCUGAUAUAGGAUAUAACGGCUGGUUACUGUUUUCACUGCAGGAAGUUUCUGACCACAGUCUGUUUAAUUUGGACCGAUAUACAGGACAGAUCAAAACACUUCGUCCAUUCACAGAGACAGACGAGGCUGAGCAUAAACUGGUCAUACUGGUGAAAGACAAUGGGAACGUUUCACUGUCAGCAACAGCUACUGUGAUUGUCAAAGUUGUGGAGCCCAAAGAAGCUUUUGCAGCUUCUGAUGUGAAAAGUUCAACCAAAGCAGAUGAGGACAAUGAUGUGACUUUUUACCUGAUGAUAACUUUGGCCUCAGUUUCUGCUCUUUUUCUCAUCAGUAUCAUUGUGCUGAUUGCAAUGCAGUGCUCCAAGUCCACAGACUAUACUUCUAAAUAUCUACCAGAGCCAAACUAUGAUGGAACAUUGUGUCACAGCAUCCAGUACAGAUCUGGAGACAAACGGUACAUGUUAGUUGGACCCAGGAUGAGUAUUGGAUCUACUAUAGUCCCAGGAAGUCAUGCAAAUACACUGAUGCUUCCUGAUAGAAGAAACGCACCUGGGGAGGACUAUGGUAAUUUAGGUCUGUGA